AGAGAAACAAGAAGACAGUGAUAAAUAGAAGAAUAGGAGGAGGAAGGAUAAAUUGUAAUAACCAGGAGAGAAGGAGGAAGAGGAAAAAGAAAAAGUGAUAAAGAAGAGGAAUAAGAGGAAAAUUCACAAUAAUGAGUCUUUUACCCAAAACAACACAGGAAUUUAGUUCCAAACACUACUGGAACACUUUCUUCACCCGACGGGGAGAGAAGGCCUUUGAAUGGUAUGGGGAGUACACAGAGCUAUGUGGGUUGCUGCAUAAGUACAUGAAGCCUGGUGAUGAGAUCCUGGUGCCCGGCUGUGGUAACUCCACCCUCAGUGCUGACCUGUACAAGGUUGGCUACAGGAAAAUCACCAAUGUAGACAACAGUGAGGUGGUGAUCAGGCAGAUGACAGACAAGCACACAGCGACAUGCCCUGACAUGAGGUGGGUCAAAAUGGACAUCUCGGCAAUGGGGUUCGGAGACUCUCAAUUCUCCUGUGUGCUUGACAAGGCCGCCCUGGACGCUAUCAUGACCGACGACUCUGUGGCGGUUGUUCAGUUCGUCGAUAAGUACUUUGAGGAGGUGUCGAGAGUGUUGCGAGUGGGAGGACGGUUCGUGUGUGUGUCACUGUUGCAGGAACACAUACUGAGACACAUACUGCGGUGGUUCCGCACGGGUUGGAUGGUGCGGGUCUGCAGGUGUGAGGAGGCAGAGAGGGCACAAGAUGAUGCCAGCCACUUCCACUUUCCAGUUUUCGUCGUCGUCUGCACCAAAUUUAAACCGAUGCCUAAUUUCACGCCGGUGGUGGAGGUGCAGCUGGGGGGGGAGGGGAGUGACGGAGGAGUCCAGCGUGUGGCGAAUGUGGCAGAUGUGGUAGAGAAGGUGUCCGAGUUGCAACAGUAUGCUUUUCUGCGCCACACCAUGCAUACCAAGUCCAUGGCAGGGGAGGCAGUGAGCGUGGAGCUGUGUGAUGCAGAGACAGGCAGUGUUCGCUUCACCCUUCAUGUGGUGGACAUCAAGGAGCGUGCCAAGAAGGUCACAUUUGCGGUCUUCAUUGUGCCCAGAGGAAGAGAGAGAGAGUGGCUGUUUGGCAGUGUGGCGGGCCGAGACCAGCUGAGAGAGAGUGCUGGAGUGUCGCGGCUAAUUGUGGCACAUGUCCACCACAACACCACCACCACCACCACCACCACCACUGCCAGCACCACCACCACCACCACACUCCAGGGCAUUCAAGAUGAGCUUUCACCACACAUCAUGGAGCUGGCCCCCUCCCGGCUCCCCCCCAGCACUAAGGUUCCGUUCCUGUCAGUGGGCGAGGAGGUUGGGGAUGUGCUGGUGGUGGCUCGGGGGGAGAGUGAGCUGUCUGGGGCCUUCGUGGUUGAGGACUUGUACCCUCCAGGGGCUCCACCAAUCAGGAGGCUCGUUUUCCUCUCCAAUCAAGCUGUUGUCCAAUCAGAAGCCAGGAUUAUUGGUGAGAGAGAGAGAGAGAGAGAAGGAGGAGGAGGAGGAGGAGUAAGACUAGACCACUCCUACCUCUCCUGUCAUCACCACCUUGCGAUGUUGAGUGGUGUUGCCCUGGCACCCCCCACCCCCCCUGUGCUGGUGGUGGGGCUUGGGGGGGGUGCCCUGGCCUCUGCCCUGCACCACACCUACCCCCAGGCGGUGGUGGCGGUGGAGCUGGACAAGGCGAUGGUGGAGGUGGCUCGCUGGUUUGACUUCAAGGUGGACGACAGAAUGAAAGUGGAGGUUUGCGAUGGAUUGGACUUCAUCAAACGGACCGCAGUGAAAGGACCUCAAUUUGGCGCCAUCCUUUUCGACGUGGACUCCAAGGACACCUCUGUAGGACUCAGCUGCCCUCCUGCCGCCUUCCUGCACCCUUCCUUCCUGCAGGACGUCGCUAAAUGCCUGGUGAAGGACGGUUUGCUAAUCGUCAAUCUCGUUUGCCGCGAUUCCGACCUCCGUUCCCGCGUUCUGGCUGACGUGAGGGGCGUGUUUCCUUCAGUGCUCCUUCAGGAUGUGCCCGAGGAGGUGAACUGCAUCCUACACUGUCUGCAGGAACCCCUCAAGGACGCCCAGGCCCUUCGGAGGACGUUUGAAGGGAAGGUGAAGGACGUUAGCGAGAGAUUUUGUAAAAGUUAUGACAAAGAGAUGAAGGAUUUGGUGGAGAUGUUGACUAAUGUUUGUGUUUUGUAGUGUUUGUAUGUUUGUAGGUGUUUCUCUCUCUCUCUCUCUCUCUCUCUCUCUCUCUCUCUCUCUCUCUCUCUCUCUCUCUCUCUCUCUCUCUAGUGUAAGAAAUUCCUGUAUAGGCUUAAGAAUUGUUAACUUCUAAUGAAUUUAUGAAUAUAUAACAGUAUUUUUAUUUCCAUUGAGAGAGAGAGAGAGAGUAAUGGGGAUAG